GCGCUCUGCUCCCAUUCAGUGCCGCUCGCGCCAAGCUUGCGUCUCCAGUGUGUCCCUGAGCGGCGCUGCCGCAGGCGCUGGCAGCCCGUAGGCGGGCUGGGGAAGCCCUUCUUUCCCGUGCCCCUCGGGGAUGGAGGGCGCCUGAGCCGGCGCGGAGUGAGGAGCAGAGGAGCAGGGCAGUGCGGAGGGACAGCCGGGUCGGACGGCGAGCGAUCGGGAGCGAGGAGCGGCAGCCCCAGCCAUGGAAACGCAGCCCGCUUCAUCGGCAGCCGCGGCAUCGGCGGCGGCGGUCCCCAGCAGCGAAGCGACCCCCGCGGAACCCCACAAGGAUACGGACCGCCAGCUGCGCCUUCGUCUCUGCGUCCUCAACGAGAUCCUGGGCACCGAGCGGGACUACGUGGGCACUCUGCGCUUCCUGCAGUCGGCAUUUCUGCACCGAAUUAGACAAAACGCUGUGGACAAAGCAGAGAAAUACAUAACGGAGGAAAAUGUCAAGAUUUUAUUUUCCAACAUGGAAGAUAUACUUGAUGUUCACAAGGACUUCCUGAGUGCCCUGGAAUAUUGUUUACAACCAGAACCUCAAUCUCAUCAUGAACUGGGAGAAGUUUUCCUAAAAUUUAAAGACCGAUUCAUUGUAUAUGAGGAAUAUUGCAGCAACCAUGAAAAAGCACUCAGGCUCUUAAUGGAACUGAACAAGAUCCCACCUGUGAGAGCAUUCCUGUUGAGCUGCAUGCUUUUGGGAGGCAGAAAGACAACUGACAUUCCACUCGAGGGUUACCUCCUGACUCCAAUCCAGAGGAUUUGCAAAUAUCCACUUCUCCUAAAGGAACUAGCCAAGAGAACUCCCACUAAACAUCCAGAUUACCAAGCAGUCCAGAGUGCCUUACAGGCAAUGAAAACAGUGUGUACUAAUAUCAAUGAGACCAAGAGGCAGAUGGAGAAGUUGGAAGCUCUUGAACAACUGCAGUCUCAUAUCGAAGGAUGGGAGGGAUCCAACUUGACAGACAUCUGUACCCAGCUUCUGCUUCAGGGAACCUUGCUAAAAAUCUCAGCCGGAAACAUCCAAGAGAGAACAUUCUUUCUUUUUGACAACCUUCUUGUUUACUGCAAGCGGAAAUCCAGAGUUGCUGGUAAAAAGACAUCUAAGCGCACCAAGUCAAUCAAUGGAUCCCUCCACAUCUUCAGGGGCAGAAUAAACACAGAAGUCAUGGAGGUUGAAAAUGUGGAGGAUGGAACUGCAGAUUACCACAGCAAUGGUUACACGGUGACAAAUGGUUGGAAGAUACACAACACUGCCAAAAACAAAUGGUUUGUCUGUAUGGCCAAGACGGCGGAGGAUAAGCAGAAAUGGUUGGAUGCUAUCAUUAAGGAGCGGGAACAAAGGGAGAGUUUGAAGCUAGGCAUGGAAAGGGAUGCGUAUGUCAUGAUUGCUGAGAAAGGGGAGAAGCUGUAUCACAUGAUGAUGAACAAGAAAGUGAACCUUAUCAAAGACAGGAGGAGAAAAUUAAGCACUGUUCCCAAGUGCUUUCUUGGCAACGAGUUCGUCUCUUGGCUCAUGGAAAUUGGGGAGAUAAGCAAGCCGGAGGAAGGGGUCAACCUGGGACAAGCUCUGUUGGAGAAUGGCAUCAUUCAUCAUGUUUCAGAUAAGCACCAUUUCAAGAAUGAACAGGUGAUGUACAGGUUUCGUUAUGAUGAUGGGACUUACAAGCCCAGGAGUGAACUGGAAGACAUCAUGUCCAAGGGUGUGAGACUCUACUGCCGUCUCCACAGCCUUUACACUCCAGUGAUAAAAGACCGGGACUACCACUUGAAGACCUACAAGUCGGUGAUCCCAGGAAGUAAACUAGUGGAUUGGCUGAUUGCUCAGGGAGACUGUCAGACAAGGGAGGAAGCUGUCGCACUGGGUGUCGGACUCUGCAACAAUGGAUUCAUGCACCAUGUGCUAGAGAAGAGCGAAUUCAAAGAUGAGUCUCAGUAUUUCCGCUUUCAUGCCGAUGAGGAAAUGGAAGGUACAAGUUCCAAGAGCAAGCCAUUACGAAAUGACUUCAAACUCCUUGAAAAUAUCGUGGCCAAAAGCUUGUUGGUUUGGCCAGAAGAGGAGGAUUAUGGAUUUGACAUAGAGGAAAAGAACAAAGCCAUUGUGGUAAAGUCUGUUCAUCGGGGGUCACAUGCAGAGAUGGCUGGCUUGCAGGUUGGACGGAAAAUUUAUUCCAUGAAUGAAGAUUUGGUGUUCCUGCGUCCAUUUCCAGAGGUGGAAACCAUCUUAAACCAGACUUUCUGCUCACGGAGACCUCUUAGACUUCUUGUAGCAACCAAGUCUAAAGAGAUUAUCAAAAUCCCAGACUGCAGUGAAAAGUUGUGUUUCCAGAUACGGGGAGUAGCACCACCAUAUGUGCAUGCUGUGGGCAGAGGCUCAGAAGCUGGAGCUGUGGGGCUUCAUCCCGGGCAGUGUGUUCUGAAAGUGAAUGGGAAUAACAUGAUGAAUGAAAAUUACACUGAGGUUCUGGAGCACUUUACCUCAUACAGGAAUCGGCAGCAGGAAUCUUUGGGUUUUUAUCAGUGGGUUUACCGGACCCAUGAAGAUGCUGAAGAGGACAGAAUUCGUCAGGCAGCUUCAAACUCAUAUCUGAAUGGAAGUCACUCUGAGUCUUGCAAAGGGGAUCUCUCAAUUGAAGAAAGUGCAGUUCUCCAUCCUCUUAAUGACAGCCAGCAAGAAGGAGGCCUGGCGCUUCAGCCAUUUGGCUUUCCUCUAAUCAUCAGAGAAGGCACUCCUCUUGUCAGCCUGACAGUGGACAAUGUCCACCUGGAACAUGGUGUUGUGUAUGAAUAUGUCAGCACAGCUGGGAUCAAAUGCUUUGUCCUAGAGAAGACUGUUGAGCCAAAGGGAGCCUUCAAUCUCACAGCAAAGAUUUUAGAGGCCUUUGCUACGGAUGACAACUGUUUUGUGAGGAACUGCAGGAGGCUCAUGGCCCUGAGCAGUGCUGUGGUGACCAUGCCUCAGUAUGAGUUCCGGCAGAUUUGUGAUACGAAGCUGGAAAGUAUCAGCAGAAGAGUUGCCAGCUAUCAAGAGUUUGCUGAUGAGUUGAAAACGAAGGUGAGCCCAACCUUCAAACAAGCCACAACAGAGCCUCACUCUCUGAACUCAAUGGAUUUCUGCCCCACCAACUGUCACAUUAACCUCAUGGAGGUGUCAUACCCCAAAAACACUACCUCAACAGGAAGGUCAUUCAGCAUUCGCAUUGGGCGGAAACCUUCUAUCAUUGGCCUCGAUCCAGACCAAGGAAGCCUAAAUCCAGUCUCAUACACUCAGCAUUGCAUAGCUACUAUGGCUGCACCAUCAUGGAGGUGCUUGACUCUGGAAAAUGGGGAUUUCAGUCCACAUGGACAAUAUGAUAGUUGCUACAGCCAAGAGAAUGGAGGAGCCACUCAAGAAGAGAGGGGACUUGCCUUUCUGUUGAAACAAGAGGAUCGAGAGAUACAGGACUCCUAUUUGCAGCUCUUCAACAAACUGGACAUAGCAGUUAAGGAAAUGAAGCACUAUGUCCUUCAGAUCAAUAAGCUUUUGUCCACCAUUACUGAGCCUACAGGAGCUGGAUUAUGUGAGCCUCUCUCCACAGAGGAUAUGUCCUCCCAGUCCUUGGUCACCGAGGACAGUGAUAUUGACAAAGCUGAGCAUGGCAUUAAGAGGGUCUGUUUCAACGUAUCUGAGGAAGACCAGGAAGACUCAGGACACGAUACAAUGAGUUACAGGGAUUCCUACAGUGAAUGCAACAGUAACAGGGACUCAGUAGUUUCCUACACCAGUGUGCGGAGUAACAGCUCUUACUUGGGCAGUGAUGAGAUGGGAUCAGGUGAUGAACUUCCCAGUGACAUGAGGAUACCUUCAGACAAGCAAGAUAAAUUACAUGGCUGCCUUGAGCAUCUUUUCAAUCAGGUGGAUGCCAUCAACACUCUCCUCAAAGGACCAGUAAUAAGCAAGGCUUUUGAAGAAACCAAACACUUUCCAAUGGACCACAGUUUGCAAGAAUUUAAGCAGAAAGAGGAAACUACAAUUCGGAGCAGGAACAAGAUUCAAAUCAGCAUCCAAGAGGAUCCCUGGAACCUCCCACUCCGUAUCAAGAAUCUCGUUGAGACCAUACAGAAAUAUGUAGAAGAUGGAAAGAACCAGCUGCUUUUGGCCUUGCUGAAAUGCACAGACACAGAACUGCAACUGAGACGAGAUGCAAUCUUCUGCCAGGUUCUGGUGGCUGCCAUCUGCACCUUCUCUGAACAGUUGUUGAGCGCUCUCAACUACAGAUACAACAACAACGGAGAGUAUGAAGAGAGCAGCAGGGAAGCCAGCAAGAAGUGGCUGGAGCAGAUAGCAGCUACAGGAGUGUUGUUUAACUACCAGUCCUUGCUCUCCCCUAGCGUGAAGGAGGAGAGAACCAUGCUGGAGGAUAUUCAGGUCACCCUCUCGGAGCUCGACAGAGUUGCCUUUUAUUUCAAGCAGCUGGACGAGUGCUUUGUAGCAAAUACCCAUGUCUUUUAUCACAUUGAAGGAAAUCGACAAGUUUUGAAGGUCAUCUUUUAUCUGGACAGCUACUAUUUUUCAAAACUGCCAUCCCGGUUUCAGAAUGGGGGAAGCCUGAAGCUGCAUGCUGUGCUCUUUACAAAAGCCCUUGAAAAUCUGGAAGGCCAUUCCCAGCCUGGUGGUCCAUCUCUGGAAGAACUGCAGCAGCAGAUUAAUUCCAGCUCACUUGGGAAGGUGCAGCAGUACUAUCGCAAGCUCAGAACCUUUUACCUUGAGAGAUCCAACUUGCCUACAGAUUCUAAUACUACAGCUGUGAAAAUUGAUCAGCUUAUUCGUCCCAUCAAUGCAAUGGAUGAGCUUUGCAGAUUAAUGAAAUCUUUUGUCAGCACAAAAGGCAGCCAGCCCGGAUAUUCCAGCAGUUACGUAGCCGGGGCUGGAUUGCUGCCUAUAUCCUCCGAACUUUGUUAUCGCCUUGGAGCCUGCCAGAUUGUAAUGUGUGGCACUGGAAUGCAAAGGAGUACCCUCAGUGUAUCUUUGGAGCAAGCAGCUAUAUUAGCUCGAAGUCACGGACUCUUGCCCAAGUGUAUCAUGCAGGCAACAGACAUAAUGAGAAAACAGGGACCAAGGGUUGAAAUCUCCGCAAAAAAUCUGAAAGUGAUGGAUCAGAUGCCACAGUCUGCACCCCGAAUCUACAAGCUUUGUCAACCACCUGUGGAUGGAGAUUUAUAAAAAAAAAUGAAACGCUGUUGUCCUGCAAUCACAGAGGCAUUCAGCAAAGAGUGGUGCUCCUUGCACACCGAUCCUGUUAAGCCAAUGGUGCUGAAUCCCGAGAGGAAGCAAAUGGGCUCUUGCGUUACUAGACAGAACAGACCAGUGCACUAAGAAAUGGCUUUUCCACUCACCUCUUACUGAAUCAUGUUGGCAAGCAUGGAUACUGCUUCUGGGCUUGCUGCAGGAGUUCUCAGAAAGUUUGCAUGGAGGAGUUCCCUUCUGCCCGAUGCCAAGAAUGAUACGACAGAAAGAAACGGCAGUGUAAGGAACUGAUUGUGCUUUGACUGGACGUUGUGAACUUUGCGUUAUGGGUGGGCAAAGCAAAUUCCAGAUGAAGCACAGCUACCUGACAUGGUGUUUUGGAUUUUCAUCCAAUUUCCUGCACAGCGUUGGCCAGUGAUCAAGAGUUAGAGCCUCACAAACACUCUUUUUAAAAUACAUAUGUAUAUGUGUGUGUAUAUAUAUAUAUAUCCACUUGCACUUUGAAAUUGUGAAUGGCACACAUCUCUGGUUUGCUCAAAGGAUUUCUUCCAGAGUCAUUUUCCUCUUCUGCCCAAUAUAAACCAAACUGCUCUGCAGAGAGUGUACAUUCCAUAAGACUUUCUACAAAAAUAUACUUUUAACUUUUACUGUAAAGUUCAGGGUUUACAAUUAACACUUUUUACUAAUGGCCCACUAUGUAUUCUGGAAAUACAGUAAUAUUUUACAAGAAAGUUUAGCAAUGAAGGGUUUUUUAAAGAUAAGACAUUAUGAAGAGGGAAGUAAAACACAGCCCUGUGUACCAAUAAUUUAAAUUGAUUAGGUUUAAACAAAACAAGGAGAGAACUAUACUUAUUUAUGUAAAUGGGCUAUCUGUUUUGGAACCUAUUAUUAUAUAGACAAGAUUUAAAUUAAAAAAGUUUCAAAUGGGGCCAAUAUACUGGCAGAGACAUAGUAGUUCUCAAUUCACUGAAAAUAUUAUUACUUUAUUUAAAUCCUUGCAGUAUUUAAGUAGCCUUUAAUUCGUGUUUGUUCAUUUAAAAAUAGAUUACAAUAGAUUGUAAAUUAAAAUCAAAACAUGGUUGUGUAAUUAAUGUAUUUUCCCUGUUUUAAAAAAAAAUUCUGUUUGAACAGUAUUAUCAUUAGCAUGGUAAUUUGUUUCCAAAUUACUUGCUGCAAUGUAAUGAAAAAAAUAUCAACAUUCUCAGGCUAGGAAUAACAUUAUUUUGGAGUGAGUGCCUUAAAUGACUUAUCUGUGUUAGUCAAGAUACAAAAACUGAAGGAGCAUACAAACAAAACUAAUGUUCUUCUAUAUCAUAAUAGACUAAAACCAGUGUCUCCUGUGAACUACUCAUGGUUGGAAAUGUGGCAAAUUUUAGCUCAUGGAAGAGGAAUAUUUUUAUUUUGGUUUCAAAUAGGGCAUUUAAUAAACUCCAGUGUUUCCUAACAAUCAGUCCUUCAUCUCUUGUGUUAUGUUUCAGAAAGGUUCUUCGCCCUCUCUGGCUAAAGAAGCCAUUUUUGUUAUUCCUUGACUUGUGAAUAAUACAGACGGAUGGGUAGGGUAGCAGAAUUUAACUGACACCUGAGCUUAUUUGAGACACUGGCUUAAGUUUAAUACUUUCAAGUAGGUAGGGCUGGCAUACAGUAAAAGGCCAGCAGAUGGCAGCAUUGUGCUUGCUAGUGGAAGUUUCUGCAGAAAGAACCAUUACAAAUUCAGAUUCGAUUCAUCAUUGUCUUUCUGGAACUACCCAGUGGGGCCCAGAUCAGAACUGGAAUUUUUCCUCUGCAAGCAGAUGUACCCAUCCUGCUACUCACAACUGUUUUAAACUGCUGCAGUUUAAAAGUAGGGGUAUCACCAUGUGAUGUUCAGAUGCUGGAAAAUUUAAAACAGCUUGGCCAGCAGGUAAACCAAAUUUUAUAAACAGAGUUUUGAGGGUGGCUGUCUGAGUGGGACUGGAAAAAUAGCUCAGUCAGAUAUGUAUAUCAGCCCUUGGCGUGACCUAUUAUCAGUUAGUCUGCCUCAAUUAUUUCCAUUUCGUGUAAAUACCUGUGAAGACUAAUUCAUAUGACCAGUUUCAGUGUCUUGUUUUCAGCCCAUGGAAAUUUUAGGGGUCACCAACACAGCUUAUCAGUAGGGAUGGGUGACCACAACAGAGGCAGAGGUGCAAGGCAGUGUGCAGUGCACACGCUCCAUCCCAUUUUCAUUAGCAUGCUGAGGACGGGUUGAAACAGGACAGAUGCCACCUUGUUUCAUUUUAAGCUGUGUGUAAUGAGUACUGUCAAAGCUUUGGAAGCAUGCCCUGUACAAUGGUAGGAGGGAAAUCGUUAGGCCAAACGUAAAAGUACCGUGACACAUUGCCCUCCAGGUAUUCAAGUGCACAUGUGGAGAGGGAAGCAGGACUGCAUCGCUGGUGGGUCCUGCAAGGUGGAACCCAAGUGUGCAGAAUGGGACUGAUGUAGCACCGCAUGGGAGGCAGGGCCACUGGAUACCUCAGUGUGUAGAGAACAAAGUGCACAGCAGCUAAUGCAGCUCCAGUAGAAACCAGUACUGUCACCAUAAUGCCUCUGGACUGCUGCAGCAUCCUUUCCCUCAAAGUGUACCUAGGUUUGCUCUGGUAUUAAUAUCCAGGCAAGGGUGUCCCACAAUCUUGACUUUGUGCACCCACUGGACACUUUUCUCUGGGCUCUACUUCUUGCCUCUCUCCCGCUGCAUUCAGUAUCUGCAGGACUGUAACUGAAAUGGCUCCGAUCACAGCACUAAAAACUUCUCAAAACCUCGGAGUGCUCAAACAGCUUGGUUUUCAGUUGCCACCAGGCAGAGGGCCCAGCGCUUACAGCUAGAAGACCCUGCACACCGAGAUCAUCUUUCUUUUCUCCUUGUUUGGGCUUUUGGCAAUAAGAACAAAGACAGAAUAAGUGAUGGGAAAGCACAGGAUGGUUAUAUCAGGAAGAUGGUUAUAUCAGGUGAUCGUGGGAUAAAAACCUUGUCCAGAAGCACCUUCAAUUUCUCUCUCUCUCUCUCUCUCUCUCUCUCUCUCUCUCUCUCUCUCUCUCUCUCUCUGUGUGUGUGUGUGUGUGUGUGUGUGUGUCUGCCUCAGAAAAGAGCAAUUACUUUUCUUUGGAAGAACCUUGAUGGUGUUUCUGUAAACUUUAAAGUAGCAUUGCCAAUUGAAGGAACUUACUUACAGAGCUGGUAUUUUUAUAGCAGUGUAAAAGUGGCAUUUUUCAGAUGUACUGUAUGUAUAUAAAAAGUACAAAGUCAUUGUGAAGUCAAUUCCUGUAGUGUUCUUUUAUUUUUCCUAGCUGUACUGCUAAUGGAAUGGAUUCUGAGUUAGUUUGUAUAUGAGUCCUAUGAUAAGAUAAACGAAUUAAUACAUUUACUGAUGUCUAA